ACGUAAAAUUGCAAGGGAAGUAUGCUGUGAGCAAUACUGGGCGGUUGCCUUUAAACCAUAAUUCUGCAUUUCUUCACACUCUGCCUACAUCUCAGUCAGCAAACUACUAGAGAGUUAACUCAAAAACAACCAUGACAUCCAACAUCACUGCACAUCACAACAAACUGGAUUCAUCUAUUCUUCCUCCUGUGCUAAUUGUUGAGUUUCUACUUGGUCUGCCUGGCAAUGCCAUGGCAUUAUGGGUUUUUGGCAAAAAUAUGAAGUCUUGGAGGGUCAACGUCAUGUUCCUCUUCAACCUUGUUCUGUCUGAUCUCCUGCUCCUCUUAGGCCUACCCUUUCGCAUUGACAGCUACUUACGUGAUGAGAUAUGGAUAUUCGGUGAUGCCUGGUGUCGGAUAAAUCUGUUCAUGAUGGCCGUCAACCGCUCAGCCAGCAUUGCCUUCAUGACUGCAGUGGCUUUCGACCGUUAUUUUAAAGUGGUCCAUCCGCAUCACGUUAUCAAUCACAUGAACUUAAAGCAAGCAACCUUGAUUGCAUGCUUCAUGUGGGGGGUUGUAAUAGGCCUGAGGACCCCUUUACUGGCCAACAACCUGCUAAGCAACACCUCCCAUUGCAGAAGUUUCUCUGAGACUCCUUCACUGGGUAUCCGCCUACAUUAUGCUGUGUUUAUCUUUGAGUUUUUCGUGCCUCUAAUACUUCUGGUCUUUUGCUCUGUGCGCAUCGCCUGCAUCUUGCAUUCUCGACGGAUGGACAAAGGCAAGAAGGGACAAAAGGCUAUUCGGACCGUCCUGGUUAUUGUUGGGGUUUUCAUCUUUUGUUUCUUUCCCAGUGUUGCCACAGUGUUCAUUGGCUUUUAUUUAAAAUCACUUGGAAAAGAUGUUAGCAAUCCAGACAAUCUAAUGUCUCAGUGGUUUCAAAUCUCCUUAGCAUUCACCUAUCUGAACAGCGCUCUGGAUCCUGUCAUCUAUUGCUUCUCCAGUUCAAUAUUUCGCAAUGCUUUGAAAAGAACUAUAAACCGGACUGGCUUCUUACAGUUACAGCUCAGCAGACGGGACAGCACGCAAAGUGGAAAUGACUGAGAAUUACAGUUGAAUUGGACAGAAGAUAUAAUCAAUGUUGACUGAGUGCAAUUCAACAGAUAUACUCACGGGUGAUAUGUUCUAUUUUGCCAGUAUUAAAAUACUUCCUCAUAUCCAAGUUUAAAAUUCAGAGACAAUUCUAAGAUUAUUUAAGGGUGACUUGCAUUUUUUGGCAUCUUGGUAUGGGCAUCUUGACUUGUGCAACAAAGGCUGCAUUUCCCCUUAAGUGGCACAGAUCGGAUAUGACCUAAACCUGUAAGCAGGAAAAAGUGCAUAGAUUUCGAUAUUCUCAGAUCAGCUUUAGGCCUUUUUCAUGUGUGAAAAUUAAUUGGAUAUGAAUCGGAUACAUGCAUUCGCUUCCGCAAUGUAAACAGACAGAUCGGAUAUUCCCAUCUCAAGACGUCAUUAAAAAUGCGACGCUGGCAAAUUCAGUCAACUCAGGUGGACACCACCCGCGAUCACAUGACUCUAGUAGCGCAAUUGAGGACAACAGCUCUGCUUAGUGGAGUAAUGUUGAAGUUGUAUGUCUUGUUACAGAAAUAAAGCUCAGUAUAAUAUAAUCUUGUAUAAUCAUUCUGUCUGUGUCCAUGCAUAUCACAACAU